CGUGAUAUGCACGUCUCCGAACCAACAGAGCAGCAGCUAAGGAAAGCACAAACUAGCCUUACGGGGGAGUCCUGAACGACACCUUUACCGUCGAAAAAAUUUCAUACGCACCCAGAUGAUCGCGGGCGAGCGGGUGCUCCAGCAAGGUCACGGUCCAAAGUCCGUACCGCAGUCCUCAAAACCCGUCCUUGCAAAGUCCCAGGAGGUGCGAACCAGGUUCCCACCAGUAGCACCACACAAGGAGGCCAUAGUCUCGGCAGUCCGGGUGGGCUCCACCGAUGUCUGGUCUGCAACGGACGAUGAUGCCUCGUUGAGAGCAAGCGCGAGUGCGAGUCGCUCCGCGAAGUCCUCAGCUUUGGAGCUCUUAGGAGACACAAAACCUGCUUUGAGCGGCCGACAACAAAGCGAUAAGACAACUAACGUGCUGGCACAAUCGCCGGUAGCGGAUGAGGGUGGUGCACCGCCAUCAAAGCGAAGUGCGGCAGAGAAGCUGUUAUGUUUAAACAUCCUGACUUUACAGAACGAUGACAUGUCGAAUGAUCCUUUCUUGCUCCUAAACGAAUUUCUCGCUUGUAUUGCAUCGAAAUCAUAUCCUCGGGCAUUACAGAUCUCCGCCAAGAUUCUUUCAAGCGAUCCUACCAAUGCAAUGAUGAAAGAAUACCAGCCAGUCUUACGGACCCGAAUAGCACAGAUCAAGGAAGCUGAAGAAGACGAGGAAGGCGAGGAAUCAAGCGAUGAAGACGACUCGGAGGACAACAGUCAGGAUGAGGUUGACCAUGGUGGCUCUGAUGAUAGUAGUGAUGAGUCCGAGGAUGAAGACCAGGACAGUGGGAAUGGGAGCAGUGCCUCGGACAGUGAUUUAGAUGAAGGACAGGCAUCUGGUGAUUUUGCGCAUGACGAGGUUUUAAGGAAAGAAAGGGGGACCUGAAUCUUGAAAGAAUCCUAUGGAAGGAGAUGCUUCAUUUCUUGGAAACCUUUAUCGACGAUCACAUUACAGGCCAUAGAGUAUUCCCAAUGUGUCGUACUGCUGCUGCGAUUCCUAUUUAAGAACGAGC